CUUACUCUUUAAACUUUUAAGUAACUUAAUAUGUAUAGUAUAAUUGGCGAAUAUUUUAGCAGUAUAACGUAAUGAAAUGGAAAAUAAAAAUUCUGAUUUGACAAACACGUGUUUUGAAGCUCUUCUGGAUUUGAAUUGUAUAUUUCCCUCUUGGGGUGAUCUCCAAGGUAACUUCCGGUAUCACUGGAAACAGAUUUUAAAUUCUAGUAUUAAUUUUAAUGAUUCCGAAAAUAAAGUUCUAAAAACUUAUUUAGCUCUUCUUGAACCACUUGUAAAUUAUGAACCUGAAGGAAUAGAGUCAAAAGCCGCACUUGAAUUGGUUAGAAACCUAGAUAAACAUCGCAAAAAUGAGGAUAAAGGAUUUGAACCUUAUUUACUAGAGGAAGUUUUGAGCAGGGAUACACCUGCCAUCAAACCUCCGCAAAGACCUCCAAGGGUCCCCUCCGUUAAAAAGAAACCUCCACCUUCUCCUAAAAUCAUCUUAAAUGAGGAAGUUGGAACAGCCCAUACUUAUGCAACUAGAAGAUCGAAGCUGUUAUCUGAGGCUGAUGGCGAUUCGGAUAAGUCAAAGUUAUCCAAGUUUGGUAUGGGAAAGCACCUCAAAAAAGGAUUUUUUUCAGACUACGUUUGGGAAUUUAAUGAUCUCGAACCCAAGGAUGAUUCUUACGAUUAAUUUGUUUUUGAUUUAAGAUUUCCCAUGAUUCUCUACAUUUUAAAUAUCAUAAGUGUAAUAUUUUUAUUUUUCA